UCAUGGCUUGACAAUCGCCACCUGAGGCUCUCUCCAAGGCGCACUUGUUUAUAUACGGCCCGAGCCCGCCCAGCCCUUUCCGUCUCCAGCUAGCAUUCCCGUUACUCUACUGGAGUAAACAAUGUCGUCACAAGGGAACAAUUCUGACGAUUCACCACAUGGAGAUUUCUUCAGCACGAUACCCAAUUUUACCAAUCUCCAGCUUGAUAUCGUCGGUUUCCUGGCAAUCCUUGGAGAAGGUUCCGUCCUAGCAAACGCUCAAGUCUCUACCCUCUCAAAAUGGAUCUUCCUUCCUAGGCUUCUUCCUGCGCCGCAAGCUUUACUGCGUCCCUCUCGGCCAACAAAAUUGGACCAAGAAGAAGGAUAUGUGACCAGCGUUGUCUCUGGUAACCAUAGGGAUCAGUUAAACCAUAUUGGACACAUAGUGCUACAGCCAAGUUCUAUGAAGGAAUAUGAUGUCCGUUGCGUUAAGGUUACCCGGAAGGAAAAAGGCAAAGCCCCCAUUGUCAAAGCUCGGGUCAAGAGCUAUCUUACGAUCAAUAACUUGCUCGGUUGUGCUUGUUCGAUUGCCAUACUGGUCCUUUCGAUAAUAUGGGAAGAUGGGAUGGCCAUCAUCUCCGUUUGCUCGCUGUCUCUCCUGUCAACCAUCAUUGGAUUAGGCAACUAUUGGACGCUUAAAUUGCCACGAAGGUACACCGAAGGAGAGGUUCCUCAAGGAGAUGUGGUGAUCCGUCACCCCAAAGGAAGUUUCCUGGUCGUUGAGUGCGACGAGGACAUAGCCCGGGAAAUAUUCUUUGCACCAGAGAACAUCGAAUACCUUAUCGAACACCAACACAUAUAUCGCCUCCUUUCACUAGCAGGCUCGAUGUUGCUGAUGGCUGGCGUCAUUUGUCUCGCCAAUUGCCGGGUCAGAACGCAAACCUGCUUCGCCGCGGCGUACAUGAUACUCAACGCCGCAUACUGGAUCGUGGCAGCCUUCCCUGCCAGGCUUCAUUGGGACACGUCCGCUUUCGAGGUUCACAAAGCACGCUUGAGUACGUGUGAUAAGAGCGACAAGCACUUUACGGAUCACAACAAAACUUUUACAGAAGCUCUAUGGAAGGUCAUUGUUGCCACUAAAGGGGAAAUUGGCUGGGUGCGUCUAGGUGGCGCUGCUCCUGAUACUGCCGGUUGGAAUGCCUGGCUCAGGGCUGCCUCGGACGCGGUCAAGGCUUCCAACAGAGGACACCCGGUCGCAUAUUACAACCACACGGACGACAUGACAGAAUACAAGGUCCCGGACUGGAAUCCACAAGGAAACUUGGGGAAAUACUUAAAUAAUCCGGACUUCAAAGCUCCUGAUACUCCUAUGGAACAUGCCCCGGAGACACCCGUGGCAUACGCUCCUGAUACUCCCGCUACAUCAACCAGCAGUCGGCCUGACGGACCUCUCAAUAGGAAUCCUACCGCAGCAGUUAAGGACAUGUACAAUCAGCACAAACAGGCCGCAUCGACAACUGCUUCAAUCUCACGCCACUCGUAGGAAUACCGUCUAUCGCAAGCUAUCGGAUCCACUCGACCUUUGUUUGUUACCUGAAUGAUCUGUUACUUUAUUUGGACUUCUCGUGGAUACUUGCACCAAUUGGAUACCCCUCAUUUACGACCCGACCUCUGUCAACGCCUUCGAACACUAUUCUAACGGACGCAACGCACGACGACCUCACGACAC